AGAUGGGAAACAUUUAACCAUAUUUAUUGAUUUUGCGAAAUGUAAAAGCUCCUCAAAAAUGCACAAAGUAGACAAGCCAAAAAAAAAUAGCCUAUGAAAAACUGCAUUUUUGUCUGAGUUUUCAUCAAGAGAUUAUAACACUUGUAUACAGUGUAUUUCCAAAAAAAGUUCAGCAUGAAACCAAAAAAAGAUUGUAUUUUUUUAACAAUGGAGUUGUGGAUGUUGAUGUUGUUGUGUGGAUGUUGACAGGGAUAGGAGUACAUGUGGAGAAGGAGCUGUUGUUUGUGUCAGAUAGUGUGGGUAAGGUGAUGAGGAUUUCCCUGGGGGACAAAAGACUAAGGAUUGCUGUCUACCCCAUGCUGAUUCAGCCGGAGAGCCUCACCGUGGACUGGCUUAAUGAUGAUAUAUACGUGGUUAGUCAGAAUAAAAUUUACCGCUGUGCUGUGGAGAAGACAGACUGUCAAGUAGCUCUGGAUGGGUUAGACAUGACACCAACAGAUAUCAAGGUGGAUCCCAUCAAUGGGUUUCUGUACUUUACCAUAGCUGCUGAGGGUCAUGGACUGUACCGUGUGGAUAUGGCAGAUUUGGAUGGCACAGACAAACCCAAGAGAAAGCUGAUCAUCCGUAACGAACUGCUGUCCUCGUUUACCAUAGAUUAUCAGAACAUUCAGUUGUACUUUCCAAAUGAUUCCCAGAACACCAUGCUAGCGACAUUCUUGGAUGGCUCCGAUGUCAGUAACAUUCGUCCUAAUGUGAUACGACCUGACUUCCACCACGUGGUCAGCAUGGUUUACCAUCAGGGACUGUUCUACUGGACCAAUGGGAACGUAGUACUCCAGGAAGAAUAUGAUCCAAGACGGAAAUCCUACAGGCACAACUCCAUGCCCUUCUUUGAGAACCAUUUCCGUGGGUUCAACAUGCUGCAUCCGUCUGCUCAGCCUAAACCAGUUCCCCACAGCCCACCCUCCAGGGUUGAAGUCGUCUUCUCUGACCGUAAAGCCUUCAUUACCUGGGGAAAGCCUCCACUCAUGAACUACCAAGGGCGCGGAGCGUGGAACACCUGGGGGUACGAGGUGAUGGUGUCUGACCCCCAGGGCAAGAACCUGUCGAACCUGACCUAUGAUCUGGAGCUGGUGAUUCAGGGGCUGUCCCCUGGGGUAAAAUACCAUGUUAACAUUAGGGCCACCUCACCUGAGGGGGACGGGCCCUGGUCAGAGGCGUUCAUUGGCACAACCCUCAAACACUAUGAUAUGGCCCCUGCUGUGAUAAUGGGAGUCAACUCUGUAAUAAUUAACACAUCCAUGGAUGGACAAAGGCACCAGCUUGUGGGGAACUUCAGUAGCUGGGGAGUUGGAGAUGUCACAUGGUACAAAUCACACCUGUUCUGGACAGGCACUGGUGUAACCAAAGGUCACAUCUUCACCGAGAGUCCGUUCUCUGUUGAUUAUUACUACAUUGUUGAUGCCUCUUGCCUGGCUUUUGAUUGGCUAGGAAAAAAGCUCUAUUGGUCCAAUGUGAAGCAAAUAGUGAUUCGUCGCUGUGACAUGGGUGGCAGGAACUCUGAGAUCGUGUACCCAACCUCAGCCAAACAGCUUGUGAUUGACUCCCUCCAGGGGCGCCUCUACUGGGUAACCACCCAUUCCGUUGAGACAGCCCACCUUAACGGGGAUGACCCCUUGGAGUACUUUGCUGUGCCGCAUUUUGCCGGCAGACAGAUCCACAGCUUAGCACUAGACCAUGAGAAGCACAACAUCUACUGGUUGGUUCAGAGCUUUGAGAGCCAGGACUUGUACAUGUCUCCAACUGUUGAACAUGCUGUGGUGGAUUUACCUGCCACAGUGAAGCGGGUGGGCAGGCUGAACAGUGUCAACAGACAACCACCACUACAGAUAUUCAGCGGACGGCUGAUCUGGGUGAACAAAAUGAAUGACCUGAUGGUGAGUGACCUACGGGGGAACUACAGCGCUGUCAUGAGACACGUCAGUGGGAAUGUCAGCUCUGUGGUCGUCAUCCACCCCUCCCUGCAGCCUUAUCCAGCUGGUCUGGAUGAGUCGUCUCUGGUGAUCAUCCCCUCAGCCAUCUCAGAGGCUGCUGUACAGGUGACUGGGGACUGGAGCAGUUUUAAUGUCACCUGGUUAGCCUCCAAGGAGGUCAACUACGGCCCAGUCAUGUACAAACUGUCCCUAGAGGCUCCCAACCAGCAGUAUGAACUGAUUAAGAAGAACACUUGGCAUGAACUGGUUGGUAUUCCACCCUUUUCCCUCUUCACGAUAUCCAUCCAAGCAUUCACCUACUGGGGUUAUGCCCCUUGGGUGACCCGUACAUUGAGGUCACCUAUGUCAGUUCCAUCUCGACCUCUUACCCCUCGCGUUUACAUCACCAGCAGAAAAGACGCCAUGACAUCUCAGCUUUCUACAGCAGCUGAUUUCCGUUGGUCGACCCCGCACAAAAUCCACGGCAUCAUUGACCACCACAUUGUUUUCUAUCGCCAUGCCAACAAAACUGGUCCGUGGACAAGUGUUCGUGUAGAGGCCUCCUCCAGGCAUUUCAUCCUUGACAAUCUGGCUAGCAACUGUACUUACUAUUUCCAGGUUCAGGCGUGUACAAUGAUUGGCUGUGGUCCAAGAUCAAAGAUCAAGGCUGCCGUCACUGAUGCUGAGAAUCCUGUUCCGAAGUUGUUGAUAGCAUCAAGAUCUGGACUUAGACUCGUAGAAGUAGAGGAGGGCCAUAACAAAUCAGUUACCAUGGCGACUGGGUCUCCUCUGGCCAUCACAUACUUGGCACAGGACAUGAAGUUCUUCUGGAUUGACGAGACCAACUCCCUGGUGGAAGGGGUCGGGGAUAAAGAUAGGCGGGUCACUCAUGAGAGGAAGAUUUUGCUGCUGAAUGGCACGGGUAAGGACAUCACAGUGGACUGGAUCAGCCGGAGUCUCUACAUCUCCCUACAGUACACAGAGGAGAGUGCCAUCGUGUCCUACGACAUAGAGAGACAGGAGCUGACACGGGUCAUCAGUAGGCCCUACCCCAUAGGCAGUGUCUUGGCAGACCCAUUCUCAAGUCAGUUAUUCUGGACAGAAUCACAAGACAGCCGUUCUGGCUAUUUGAUGAAAGGGCGGAUGGAUGGUGAGGAAAUCGCGGCAAUGUUCUCUCCUGACAACCUAACCACCAGGAGGCGCCGGCGUCAGGCAGCUGACAGCGCUGCGUGCAACUGUUCAACUCAGCCCCAGGUUGCGCCAGUCGUAGCUAUUGACCACUCCAUGAAAGGGACAACAAAACUGUAUUUCAUCAAAACUAAUGGUAUUGCCUUAGUUGCCACGGAUACAGAUGCUUGCCAUUGCAAUGUGGAGCUUCCCACAACCCCGCUUGAUAGAAAAGGCCUUCCCCCGGACUCUCUGACAGCUGAUCAUCUGAAGAUCUACUGGUCCAAGUCUGAUAGUGGUGUCCACAGUCUGGACAAAGCGAGCGGUCAUCACUCAGUCAUCUCACAACACACUGGGGUCACCUCCAUACAGGCAUACGGUCAACACCUACAGCCACUGCCAGGAGCUGAGUGUUUAGACCCCAGCAUUCAGAACAAAUCCCUGGAGCUGAUUGACAUUGCGAAUACCUCUCUGACCUUCAGACUUAGUAUAGCUGUCAGACCUGCCAUGUGUCAGGCUAUCUCUAUGCCUGCCAUCAAAUACACCAUCUACUACACAGAGCUGCUAGCUGACAGUCUGCAGCAGGCCAAGUGUGACCAGACCAGCCUCAACUGUAGCAAACUGGAGACAUACAGGGAUGUUAUAACAGUGGACAAGCUCAAGCCUUACACACAUUACCUGUUCCAAGUGGCCGUCAGUAACUACUACACAGAGUACUUGUCAGAGGAGAUGGGACCAGCCAUGAUCUACCAGACCAAAGUUGGCAUUCCCUCUCCUGUAGAGAAUGUGACAGCAUCUGCAGUGUUACCAGGGAAGAUUAAGGUGGAGUUUGAUGUGCCCCUCAUAGCUAAUGGCCCCCAGGACUCUAUCUACUAUGUAGUUAAGUGGAUGACUGCCACAUCGGAAAAUGGGGUGCUGGAGGGACAGACAGCCGGGGAACAGAAUCACAACAAACGGCACAGAGUAGGGCGUGUGGUGCCCAACCUCAAACCUGAGACAACCUACCGGAUCAAGGUUUUGGCCUAUGAGGAGAGCCAGCAGUAUUACAGUGAGAGUAAACCUGUGAAGGUCACGACCUUUGCCUUCCCUGGGUUGAUCAACUGUACUGGUGUCACAGAGACAACAAUCAACAUCACCUGGAUGUCACCUAAGGAUGAUAGCAUCCACUCCCACAAUUUCUUCAUCAAAAAGUAUGUUCCUGAUGAGGGAAUGGCUGAGGGUGACUGGCAGCCACUGAGACUGACACGGACGGAAAACAACACACAGUACAACGAGACAUUCACGGACCUGGAGCCCGGCACGCGCUAUGUUUUCAGGGUGACUGUGGUGUACAGGUCCUCCGUGGUCCUAGCCUGGCCAACAGACCCAAUCUUUAUCUUUGAGACUCAGUAUGGACCCAUGAGAGCUGUUGGGGAGGACAACACCCUGGUGGUUGCAGUGACACUGGCAGUCAUCGCUGUCAUCUUCAUGCUCGGCCUGGCCAUAUGCUUUUUGGUGAAAUGUAGGAGGCUUGACAAGAAAAGAAAACCCAGUCACUUUGUGAAUGGUGCUAGAGGACCGGAUACUGAGCUGGCCAUUCUACGAGAGUUACCUCAUACAACUGUCCAGCAGAACAACACUCUCUAUGCUAUUAGUAUCAUUCCUACAGAUGAAGAUAUAGAAGCCUUACCUCACUUCAGUCGUGACCAACUUAAUUUGACAAAGUUCUUAGGCUCAGGGGCGUUUGGGGAAGUGUUUGAAGGCGUGGCUAAAGAUAUCCUGGGCAGUGAAUCUGGGGAUACCAAAGUGGCUGUUAAGACACUAAGGAAGAGCGCCUCUGACCAGGAGAAAGAAGAAUUCCUUAAGGAAGCGCUCCUCAUGAGUAACUUUAAACAUGAACAUAUAUUAAGUCUGCUGGGGGUCUGUCUGGACAAUGACCCACAGUUCAUCAUCCUGGAGCUGAUGGAGGGAGGAGAUUUGUUGUCAUUUCUCAGGAACAGCCGGCCAAGUGUAUGUAAUCCCCCACUCUUGAACCUCUCUGAUCUGGUCAAGAUCUGUCUACAUGUGGCCAGAGGCUGUGGGUAUUUAGAAAACAUGCACUUCGUUCACAGAGAUUUAGCUGCCAGGAAUUGCCUGGUCUCCUCCAAAGACCCAUCCUUAAUGUCCGUGAAAAUUGGGGACUUUGGUCUGGCCAGGGACAUCUAUAAGAAUGAUUACUACAGGAAGGAGGGGGAAGGGCUGUUACCUGUACGUUGGAUGUCCCCUGAGUCACUGGUGGAUGGUGUCUUCACCACACAGUCUGAUAUCUGGGCUUUUGGUGUUCUGGUGUGGGAAGUGAUAACCCUGGGGCAGCAGCCUUAUCCCGCCCGCACUAACAUAGAAGUUUUACAUUACGUGAGGGCAGGUGGCAGGCUUGACCGACCAGAGAACUGUCCAGAUGACUUAUAUGACCUGGUAACCCAGUGUUGGAGCUGCCCACCAGAAGACAGGCCAUGUUUUGCUACAAUCCACAACCAACUGGAAGAGUUUUAUGAAAAAUCACUGGAUGAGCACAGUGAAUUCUCAGCUCUCUGGUCCAAGCAUGUGACAAAUGAGGCUGGAUCCGUGAGGCAGAGUCCAACAAAUCCCGACUGCCUGAGACAGUGGAGCUCAUUGGCUGGAGCUGAAAACUACACUCCCUCUCCUGACAAGGAGCUGAACAACAACCACCGAGGUUCUAAACUGCCUUCGUCUUCACCUCAGUCCCCCUGCGAUACAGCAGCCUUUUCUGGUUACCUUCAGCCCAAGAGUCAGGAGCUUCACAAAUAUCUGGAACUGAUCAGUGACCCCUCAGACACCCCCGUUAUCAGUGUGCCUUCUGGGGGAGCAAGGCCCAAAAACGGCAGUUAUCGCUCUCCCGAUUCCCACAGCCCACCCAGAUACCCCAAAACAAAUUAUGCUCAAAUCAGUGCCCCAGUAGUCUCGGGACAGGGUUCAGCCCUUCCCCUAUCUGCAUGUAAAACAGCUCCCAGUGUCAAGCAGAGCAGCAAGCCAGGAAUACAUUAUGCUAAGCUUGCCAGCUUUGAUGGCGAUGAGGUUUCUUCUGAUUCUGAUUUUGAGGGUCGUUCCUCGGAUUCAUUAGAAAAUUUACCUCUCGCACCAACCCUGGCAGAUAACCAAGGCAGGUUUAAACGGCCUGGAUCCUUCUCACAAGUCCACCCCAUGACCCCACCAAUUGCCCAGUAUAUGAUCCCAGUGUCCACCCCUAACAGCCCUGAGAGUAUAAACCCCAGUGCAGCCUCAAGCACCCCUCCUGGACCCUCUGUUAGAAAAGACUAUGUUAACAUGGACAGAGGAGACAACUCGAUCCCACCAAGCAGCACCCAGACUUCUGCCAAUCCUGAGAUGAUGUGGGGGAGUGGUGUGCUAGAUACCAUGGGAACCAUGUGCUGACAUCACAUCUUACUCAGCCAAUCAACUUGACACAUUUCAUAAACUUGAAGACUAAGUGAUCCAGGUUGGAUUUUAAACAGUGUGACAUGUGAAGCAUGCUCAUAAUAUGUGUUCAAUUUCAGGGAGCGAAAACGACCAGUGUGAAGAACUUUGGAUAUGUAUUAGAGCUAGGUUCAGGUAAAUAUAUUUCAACUGCUUGCAAACGAGUAAAAAAAAAGUUCAUGAAACAUAUUGAAAGCUUUGUGGAAAGACAAACCAUUCUGAGGCCAAUUCUUCAAAAGCUUAGAUCGAGUCAGCUCUGAUACAAGCUUUGACUUGCGUUCCUAGUUUUAUGUAGUCUUACCAUUAAGCAGAUAUUCAUUUGAUACUGCAUGUUGACCAAUCAGCUGCAGGAAAUUAGGAUAAUAGUGUAUGUUUGAGCAUUGAAGUUAACUCAUGAAGUUAACUCCAGCAUAUUCCAUCUUGACUGACAUGACACAUCAUGGGCCAGUUUUUCAAAAGUGUAUUAAAAAUUAAGCCCGGCUGAAAUCAUAAUACCUGUAUUGUCCUACUACAAAAACUGGCUACUGGGACUUCAGUCAAGAUUACACUUAAUACCAGUCUUACCUGCUAAUACAGUUUUGAACAAGUGGUCUCACCU